GCGUCAGCCCUGCUGUGUGUGCGUGUGUGUGUGCGUUUACGUGUGAGCGUGCGUGUGUAUGUAUGUGUGUGCCAAAACUCCACUUUGCCAAACUCAAAGUGCCGUGAUGACCCCUCUCAUCGCGGUUGCAUGCCGGGAAAUGUAGUCCCCGGCACGGUUGAUGAGGUGGCGUCGCUGCGGGAUCUACACUACAUUUCCCAUCACACCCCGCGCGUUUUCUUCCUUCCCUCCUUCCUUCCUGCAGCCUCGGCCCUUCUGCCGUGAAAAAGGAAGAUGAGAGUCCGCAGCAGUCCACCGACACCGAGCCGAACCUGAACCGAGUCUGACUCCCAGCGGGAUGGAGGCAGAGCGGCUGCUGACAGACCGGAGCCCGAGCUCAGCUGCUUCCCCCCGGCCUUGAACUUGUCACGUCCGCCGCUGGAGCCUCAGAGCCCGGAGGAGCCCGGAGGAGCGGCGGGUGGAGCUGCAGCCUGCCGGGCCGAGCCGUGCCGAGCCGAACCGAGCUGCCGUCCUCUACAGCCCCGCUAAUGAUGCUCAGCUAGCUGCAGGACCGAAGCUUCGAACCACACCGCACCCUGAAACCACACCCGAUCUCUCCAGACCCCCUUUCAGGUGAGUCACACACCUGGAGGUGCACCUGGUCCCAUGAGACAGACCGGCACGGGUCCAAAUCUGCUCCCAGGUUCUGUAUCAGAUGAUUAGCCCUGCUGUCACACUGGUCCUGGUCGGGUCCCGGUUUGGUAUGGUUCCUGGUUCUGCUUUAAAACUGGAGCAGGUCUUCUGAUGACACCUGAGACCUGUCAGAGUCUGACCAUGGAGUUUCCGGUCAGAAUGGGUCAGGUGGUGGGGGGCUCAGGGUCUCAGGGUCCAGUCCAGACCCUGAAUGGAGGUCAGACUGGUUCCUCAGGUGGUGUCAGGUACCUGCAGGUCAGUUCAGGUGCUGCAGUGUGAACUCUGAAAGGUGGAUGUAGGGCUGGGCGAUAACACCAUAACGAUAUAUAUUCAAAAUUAAUUUACCUCAAUAUCAAUAUAAAACAUGAUCAAUAUGGUUUUCAAAAGUCGUCAUUGUGACAUGUUUUGAUCGACUUUACGAACAGCCAAUGAAAAGGGGAGUUGCUCCGGGUCCACUUCGCGCUGAACCAAUCAUGUGCUCCUUCAUGGAAAUACAAUAAGAUCGAGACACUAAGGCAGAAGAACGACCGCGUCUGUAAAAUGAUCAAUAUUGUGAUUAUUACUUCAGGGAAAUGAUAAAGAAAUGAUCUUAAAUGUUCUUCCUUGAGCUGCGGCACCCCGCUGUAGUCUGUAAUGGACUGGCCUGAGGUCUCUCUACAAACAAGCGUCUGCUGGAAGAGAGUAGGUGAGUUGUGUUUAGUCUCUUUGCUAAAGAAAUGAGUCAAAGUUAAAAAGAUGUUUGGUGUCUAGUACUAUGUCUGUGACCCUAUAUGUCCUGUUGAUGAAGUUAGGUGCUGUUCUGAGCAUUAUUUGUGGCUAUAGAGUGGCGUUUUGUUUGGGGGCGUGUCUCUCUGUAUUACUAUCCUGCGGUCGUUACUAAAGUUGGUAUAACUAGAGAAGCAAGCGGUCGGCAACAUUCAUCUCUGGGGGGGGGUCUAACUCAGUGUUACUGUGGGUUUGACCCUGAAUUAGUUUUACGCCAGAAUAUCCCUUUAAUUGUCUCGCUGCGUUGGUGCUGAAUCCUCAAAUAAAGAAGACAAUUGUUGUAAGUGAUGCACUGGGAUAGAGAGGAAAAAGAGACCCCUGUUAAAUUAUCAUUUACAGACAUGUAGGUCUGAGAGGCCUUCGAAAUAUUUUACCUUAUGUUUAAUUUUUUUUGUCAUCAAACAGGGCUGACACUCACUUUUUUCACGUGUUCUAAGUUGAAAAAGUAAGGAGCACAAAGAACUUUAGGGGAACAAUGAAAAUUGAUCAAUAAUGUUUGUCUUAUUGAUCGACCUUAGUACUAUUAUUGGAAAUCAAUUUUAGGUCAGUUGGUCAGAUGACAUGGAAGCUAUUGAAGGAAAACAGCCUUUUCUGAGAACAUCAACCGGUAAUUUAUUGACGGUCCCUUAUUCAACACCGACGUUGACAGUGAGGGUGUCGAGUAGAUUUAACCGCGCUGCUGUUGUUAUUCCCGGUUAUGGAGAGUGAGAAGACACCGGUAGAUCCUCAGAGAAUGUCCGUCAGAUAUCCAACCUGAAAUUAAUUUCACCGCCGUAUUUACAGGUAAAUAUAUCCAACCUAAAACUAACUUCACCGCCGUAUUUACAGGAAAAUAUAUCCAACCUAAAACUAACUUCACUGCCGUAUUUACAGGAGAAUAUAUCCAACCUGAAACUAACUUCACCGCCGUAUUUACAGGAAAAUAUAUCCAACCUAAAACUAACUUCACCGCCUUAUUUACAGGAAAAUAUAUCCAACCUAAAACUAACUUCACCGCCGUAUUUACAGGAAAAUAUAUCCAACCUGAAACUAACUUCACCGCCGUAUUUACAGGAAAAUAUAUCCAACCUAAAACUAACUUCACUGCCGUAUUUACAGGAAAAUAUAUCCAACCUAAAACUAACUUCACCGCCGUAUUUACAGGAGAAUAUAUCCAACCUGAAACUAACUUCACCGCCGUAUUUACAGGAGAAUAUAUCCAACCUGAAACUAACUUCACCGCCGUAUUUACAGGAAAAUAUAUCCAACCUAAAACUAACUACAGGAAAUAAAAACACUUGUUUUUUUUUUUUUUGGCGCACAUGUGACCCUAAAUACAUUUUACAAUUCGCACACAUCUAUUUUUAGUCGCUAAUGCAAGUGAAACGGUCGCACUGUCCAGCCCUGCAUCAUGGUCAGGCCAUAACUAUCCUAUGAGUUACUGGCAAAUGUCUGUUUCAAGCUUAUUGUGUCAAAAUGUCUUUAAUUGAUUGGCCUGAUCAGCUCAAUCAACACACUGGGACUUAACAAAUUAUACCACAAACAAACACUCUGAUUUAGAAAACUGCAGAUCUGUUCUGCACAAGGUUUGAUGUGGUUUUGGUCUGAUCCUGAAACCUUGUUCUUGCAGUGACCCUGCAGGCUGCAGCAUGGAGCGCUCCGGCAGCAUCCAGCUGGACAUCCCAGACUUCAGUAACUCGGUUCUGUCCCACCUGAACCAGCUGCGUGUUCAGGGACGGCUCUGUGAUAUCGUGGUCAAUGUUCAAGGCCAGAGCUUCCGGGCACACAAGGUUGUGCUAGCCGCCAGUUCGCCGUACUUCCGGGACCACAUGUCUCUGAGCCAGAUGAGCACUGUGUCGCUGACCGUGAUUCGCAACCCGUCCGUGUUUGAGCAGCUGCUGUCCUUCUGCUACACGGGCCGUCUGUGCCUGCAGCUCGCCGACAUCAUCAGCUACCUGACAGCUGCCAGCUUCCUUCAGAUGCAACACAUCAUCGACCGGUGCACCCAGAUCCUGGAGGGCAUCCACCUGAAGAUCAGCCUGGCUGACUUGGAUGAGGAGACCUCUGAGGAUGCAAUACGGGUAUCCAGGGGCAACCGGACCCUGGAGGCAGUAGUGCGAGGUGGUCAUUCUGCAACCCUGCGGCUCCUUGGUCCGCGAGGAGGAGCAGAAGCGUGCGAGGCAAUCAGCCCAGUUGAGGAACCUCUCAGCCCCCCUCCAACGGUAGAGCACAGCGGACUGGAAGGCACUGAAGCCGGCGCCAUCAGAACAGGAAAAGAGCCAAUCCUUCGUAUCAACCGAGCUGGUCAGUGGUAUGUGGAGACGAGCAGCGAGCCAGAGAGAAGCGGCAGUGCGGAAGAGAGUGGGGGCAUGGAGCGAGUGAGGAUCAAGACAGAGAGGAUGGAGGACUGGAUCGGAGCAGGAGAGCACCAGGAAGAGGGAGGGGCAGUGGAGGAGGGAACCACCGUGAUGAUCGACACAUCAGGACGCAGCACGCUGUUGACGGGGCCAGUGGGGGCGCUGGGGACUCGGAGCACUCAACCAUCUUCCAGCUUCAGUGAGACGGACAGGUGAGUCACCAGGACGACAGCCGGACUGAACUGUGAUACCUGACACCAGAUGGCUGUAAGUGUGUGUCAAUAUGUGUGUUUGUGUCAGGUUCAGUCCCACCGGCAGUGUGGUCGUCUUGACGGAGCGUCAGAGAGCGAAGAGCGAAUCUCCCAGCAGGGCCGACGAGCUGCGACAGCCGAGCUCUCAGGUACCGAAAACCAAGCCACACUCUAGUGAACUAUAAAAACAGCCCAGGUAGAUGUGCUGUGGCCUGUUGGAUUAAACCUACAGUAACUGAGAUAAAACCACAUAAAUCUUUUACUUUGAGGGCUGGGAGAGUGGGAGGGGACGAGUCAGAACUAUGGGAGAGGGGUGUGUCGAAUACAGCAAGGUGAUUAGAUGGAGAGGCGGAGCAGGAGAUUGACCAAUGGCAGCAAUUAAGUGCCCAAAGAGUCCCCAACACUGCUGCUAUAGCCCCUGACCACCCGCCAGCUACAUCUGUUAAUACUGCAUGGGGUUGCAUGUGGCUGAAACUGUUCACUGCCAGCAUUGGGCAUGAGGUUGGAAACCCCAGAGCAAUGUUUGGGUCCCCCUGUCAGUGGUUAGAUGAGUCAAGACCAACAAAAUGUGUCCUUGUAACUUUGGUCUGGACCACACUUCUGGGAAAGAUCCAGUCCUUGUUUGCAAAGACCACUUGCGUAUCCCCCUUUGGUCUCAAAAAAUCAAGGAUGACACAUUUCUGACCCUAGGAAUAAGGUUCAUGAAGGGCCACCCCAAACCUCUGAGCAAGUGAUUAAGAGGACUCAAACUUGGCAAGUCUAAUACCUGAGCCAGAGCAGGAAGUACUAGCCUAAAUGCACAUCCAGGUCUUAGAAAUCCACUUUCUUCUGAGCUAGCCUGGGUUAACAGUUUGUUUCACCUGUCAGGGGGAGGAGCAUGCUGCGUUUGACAUGGGGGGCUAUGAGGACUACCUGAGGGAGCAGGUAGGAGACCGCUGGUUCCGCUACAACCCCAGGCUCACCUGCAUCUACUGCUGCAAGUCCUUCAACCAGAAGGGAAGCCUGGACCGCCACAUGCGCCUGCACAUGGGCAUCACACCAUUCGUCUGUCGCAUCUGCGGGAAGAAGUACACCCGCAAGGACCAGCUGGAGUACCACAUCCGGAAGCACACCGGCAACAAGCCCUUCCACUGCCAUGUCUGCGGAAAGAGUUUCCCCUUCCAGGCCAUCCUCAACCAGCACUUCCGAAAGAAUCACCCUGGCUGUGCCCCCCAGGAGGCCCACAGCGCUUCCCCUGAGACCACCACCACCUCCAUCACGUCCAGGGGAGGGCCGAGCGACGAGGCCUCCCCCAGCCAAGAGGAUCCUGAAGGCGGUGGUGGUGGGAGCAGCAGCGGUGGGGGCCAGUACAGUGAGGGUCCUCAGGCUUCUGUCUCUACAACAGGACCUGACUAACCUCAAAGGAAGGAGGAGGGAGGGGUUUAGGUCGGGGUGGGGUGGAGGGGGGGGCUGACAGUCUUACCCUGUUGUACCUGAACCAACAGGAAACUGAACCUGCUGGAGUCAAAGCAGAACGAACACCUCAGAGUCCAAACUGAGAUUUUCCGCUUUAAACCGCAUCUACCUUCACAAACCAAACGGAACAGAUUAAGCUAAAAUGAAGAAACGCCACACACUCCAACAACCUCAUACACCACUCAGUGGUCCUCGUUUGCCUCCGUCUAGUUUAUGUUACAGAUUUCUACUUUUAUAUUUCCAGGUAUUACAGGUUUUUAUUACAGGUUCACAAUACAGCAUCACAACAGUCUGUCUGGUGGAAACUUGCCAAACUACUCAGUGCCAGUUUAACAUUUCAAUCCUUCGUUUUUGCCUUGAGACAAUCUGGAGCAGCAAGAUUACUAAUAUUAAUCCUGUGCGCUCUUCAAGUGCCACAGUGGCAUGAAAAAAUGACGUUGCACAAAAAAGGUUCAACGAGAAAACUUCAACUGUUGAAGAUCUACUCCAGUGUGAUCCCAGUUUCUGGACUGCAGAGCCGUUUAAACGUAGUGACCUGUUGAAAGAAAAUGUAGUCCUCACUUAGAACAGAAGUGAACUCUAGGUCCUGGUUCUUCAGGUCUUAUGAGCCCUUUUUUCACUAGUGUGCCUGAAACUUACAGUGAGAUCAUUAUGUCUGAUGAGGAGUUUCUGGAUAAGCAGAUUGACAAAGACCACAUCAUGAUGUGUAAAUGCCUCAGAGGCUGUUAAAAGUGAAUUCCUCAUAACCUGAAUGAAAGCAGAAGUUCAAAGUUUCCAAUCGUGCCAAAUAAUUUCAGCUGCUAGAAGUCUAGCUCUGUUUCCUCCCCAAACUUGACGAACCAAGUGAACCAACACAGAUACAAGCACAGAGCAGACCCGCGACAGUAGACCGCCAUCUGAUGCACGAGUCAAAUAUACAACACCUACCAUGGGCAUCUCAUGGCAUCGGCAGCUGAAAAAACGUUCGUUUUUGCUGUCCCAACACACAAGGAUGGAGUUUCAAAAAUGUCUACCCUGAAGGGUGUUUUUGAAAAUCGCUGCUUUUCUGGUUCCCGUGUUUACAAAAGGCCAAAAACGCACAGAAAAAGCAACGUUUUCCAAAAUAAAUGUCUUGUUUUGGACAAGACCUCAGCAGUCUGAAUUAAUUAACGACUGCAGUAACCUGAUUUCAACGAACCUACUGAACGAGGUCUGAACACGUGUUUCGGUCAAACCGACAAACACCCAACGCACUUUCAGCUUGAAUUUGUCGAUCUGUUUCUGAACAUCUUCAGUCCAUAUUAUCAACGUGAAGUCUUGAGUUCAUAUGAAACAGAUCCACCAAUCUGAUCUAAUGCAAACAGAACCACCGUGCUGACAACCGAGUUCCUGUACGGGGCUCAAUCGCCAAGCACCUUGACUUGGUGCACCACACAAAACGCAGCUCCAUUCGGUGUCCCAUGUUAGAAUAUCACGCCAAUACAUAUCAUUUUUGUGACCUUCUAAUAUAAUAAUAUUUGAAAUCUGAAAAAUAAUCAGGUUCGCUGAAACUAAACUUUAAAGUUUAAUUUCUUGAUUCGAUCGGCCUUUUCUAACCUUUUCUCAAUCAUCUAAACUCGUCCAUUCACCUGGUUAGCAGCUCUGGAGCUUUCUACUGUGUCUCAUGAACCUCCCAUGUAAAUAGGACCUGUCCAGGUGUGACCAGGUCUUUGCUCUCAGAGGGCUCUCUUAAAACCAAGACUGCAAACAGAGAGGCAGCCUGACGGUUGAGACAAGUUACCAAUGAUGCAUCCUGGGUAAAGAUGGCGUGCUGAGAACACAUUUGGUAAUCCAAAGUGUUCCUGGUGGAAUAUGAACUUGUGUCGAGGAAGAGCAGUCGGGCACAUAACGAGUUUUUAUGGUGACAAGGUAGACAGAGAGGAACGCCUAUGGAGACUGGUCUCAGCAGGUUCAUGGUAGGAAAGCACAAGUGUGCUCUUAGCAAAGGACAGUCCCCCCAAAAACCCAUUUUCAGCCUCGGAGAAGGUCAUGUGACGCACUUGAAAGCUCCAGUUAUGAACAUAUAAAUAAAUAUUACUGAUCCUGAAUCUCCUAGCAGACUGGAACUCUGAUCACACUGGACAGGGUCAUUUGGUGUGAACCCGAAUUCUUGAACAUUUGAGUUUCUCGGUUUUGAACGUUGGGGUAGAUUUAAGGAACCAUCCGGCAGCCUGUUGACAAACUCACAGCAGGAAACCUGGACCAAGUCCAGCCUCAGAUAAGCUACACAGCUCAGUUACCUCUCAUCACUACGCAAUACAGCUGCUGCACUGCACAGCACAGCACCACCGGGGGGCGCGCUGACCUACUCACACAGAGGGCCCCGUCAGUCUUCUCAGAUAUUUUUAUAGACAAGCAUGUGUUCCUCGUUUUUUCUUUUUUCUUCUUGGAAACUUUUUUGCUCUGACAAUGUGUGUGACGAACGCAAGAAGUUACACGUUUGAGGAGACGGUGUCGACCUGAUCAGUGACGUCAGAUUCAGCCGAUGACGUGUUAGACCUGCUGCCUGUCGCCGGAAAAACUAAGAAUCCAUCCACAGAGGUCGAACUUAAGCCACAGAUAUUUAAAAGCUUUUAAUUCAAGCCAAGAGAAACAGAACAAACCUAAGGACUUACAAGGGUGAACGUCGCUAAUUACUGUAGAGAGUUAAAUGCUAACAUCAGCUUGGAAGCUAAUUCAUUUGCUCAGUUGGUCCUAGUCAGAUAAAGAAAAUUUGAAUUAGCCAACAAGCUAACUGUUUGCUUCUAUUAUUACUGUUGUGGUUAAAAGACCGUAUAGCUAUCAAAGCUAGCUUGAGUAAAUUAAACUAAACAGAUUCAAGCUUAUUUUUUUUGUCUAACUCAGAGCACAAAAACUUUAAAAGCUUUUAAUGUAGGAUAAAUGUAAUAAAUGUCAUUAGCUUAGUGUCGUCAUGGUGAUGCAGUGUUUAAAGAUACAGAAACCUCCAAUUUCCACCGCAUCCAAAACGGCUACUAAAAGGUCGUAUCCUCCGAUCGUAGCUGAUCGUAACCAUUCAAGUUAACGUGUCAAUUUACACCGACUUCUUUCCGUUCCUCUGCGGAUCGCCGGACUCCUCAGCUGAUCAUAAGAGUUCUAUUUUUUCUGGACGCCGGUGCAUGGCGGAUAAAUUCAGCACAGAUUAACCCGUGCUGGAAAGGAAGUCGGGCACAGACACAAAAUAAAACAUCCGGCUUCUUUUCAAAAUAAAACACUCCGUGUUUCAGGAGGAUCGUAUUUCACACCAUGCAAACGGGCGGAGACGAACAAGUGAAAGGUUUUUAGACGUCAUUUCACCCCGAUGACACCAUGGAUGAGGAGAUGCUGAUUCUAGAAGUCUAGAAGUAGAUUUCCUCCUCUGGAAGGACACAAUCUACUGCUUAUAUGUCUAUGUGUCUGUCUUUAGAGAGACGACUCGUUAUCGAGCGAUUGAACGUGAAUCUGCGGGUUCUUGUGAGUUCUUGCGAUCUUGCUGUCCGUAAUCCGCCACGGAAUUCGCCUCACCAACGGAUCCGGUAGGAAUUGGCAGAUGGCAAAAAUCGCAGCCGUUCCGCAUACGGUGGAAAUUUGGGGUUAGACCUCAUUUGAGCAGCAGAGUUGACGUGUCAUCACGGCAGACAGUUCUGAUCAGGUCGACAUGGAGGGAUAGGGACAGGAUGUGGAGCUGGACCCUGUCAGACCAGAUGGAUGUAGAAGCCAGGCCAUGGAGCUGGACUUUAACAACCCCUUCAGAGGGUCAAAGUUCACCUGCUAUAGGGGGAAAAUGGUAGAACCACCUGGCAACCAAAGGAACGACGGCGUGGCCUCGUUGGUAAAACAACUUCAGCACUUAGAGAGAGCAAGAGAGAGAGAGAGAGAGAGAGAGAGACGGGAUCAAAGUGAACUUUUUAUAAGAACUGAACUCUUAUUAACCCUCACAUAUUAUCAGACACGCAUAUUUAAACUACUAAGAUGUUUUUGCAUAAUAAUGUAAGCAAGCUAAGUGCAGAUGUAUGCUAGGUAGGCAGGUAGCACACAGAUUGGCUGUUACUGUUUUUCUAUACGGCUGUGAAUCAGACUCUCAGAGGACCCAUCAUUUUUUAUGCAACUGAAGCCAGCGGCUCGUCCUCACUCGGCUGGCCGGACUCAGUUUCCCCUCCCAGAACCCGCCGCCGCUGCCGCCGCCGCACUCCCUUUUCAGGCUAAACCAGGAACUAUCAGGUAUACAGACUCUUUCUUUAUUCAGUGAAUCAGACGUUUACCUUUCCCUACGUAGCAGAACGCUAACGGCUAAACCUCAACGCCAGCUGCAGGCCGCAGAAACAAAACUCACCUGUAAAUAAACUCAGCAGCAGCAGCAGGUAAGGAGCUCCUGUGAGGCUCUGCAGGGGGCGACAAAAACACACCUGAGCUGGACAACAUGGAACCAAAUUUCAGAGAUCAGGAGACCCAACAAGAUCUAAAUCCAUCAUCAUCUCAACCUCCUUUCUCCUCCAAUCAGAACGUGGAAAUCACAAAAUCUUAUUGUUUUGUAUCAGCCGAGAAAAUGAGGUGUAUUUGGAGAUGUAGCCACGCCCACAUGUGAUAUUGACGUCACAGUUGCCUUGUUAAAGUUGGGUCAGUGACAUCGACCGUUUGUGAAGUCCUAAAGUUUGCCGACAGCAGUUACCAUAAUGGAAAUGAUGACUCAGGCUGACUUAGAGUCAACCUCGUAACGGUGGUCGAAGGAUUUUAGCAUCCUCGCUAACAGCUACAGCGCGUGUCGCUACCUGAUCCGUCCUGUAAACCCGAAACGUACGUCACUUCCUCUACUAGCCAUCUUUGCGACGGCCUGGUAAUUCUUUGCCUCUCGCGGUUUGCGACAGAUUCGACAUCAGCGAGCUUGCUACAGUCAAAACGGAUGCUUCAGUUUAUAACAGCUUCCCCUGACUGAGGCAGAGCGCCGCAAGUCAAGAGAAUGGCGCCCAGUUUUACAAUUAUAGGUUCAGCUAAAUAGUAAAAUUGUAACGUAGUUCUAAAAGGCUUUAAUGAAUGUGAAUAUAUCAGUGUUGAAAUUUAAACGCUGAAAUUCAUCGUCCAUAAUGUGUCGGCUUCUUGAUAAUAAAAUAAAUCCCCUCUUGAUACUUUGAAAAGUCAGAGAACCAUCAUUUUGACCAGGUGGUGGCGCUCUCUGUGGCCAAAAAGGUCUCACCGUGCUGGACAGGAGCUUUGGCGAAUACCUCGGAGCCUCCUGCUGGCUAACCUGUCGCAUCGCCAGCUGGUUUCUGCAAUUGAUCUGGAGUUUAAAUAAAGUUUUUCUUUGCACCUGCGCAGUACGGGUUGGGUAAGUGGCAAUAAUUGAAAUACAUUGAAAUACGAAGAGAGGAAGACAUUGGUUUCGCACAUGCUCACUACAAAUCGAGUUUCCGGGACGGAUGGGGUCGCGACAGUGCGCCCACCUGCCAGUCGAGUCAUCCAUAUCUCUGAUUGUGCAAAACUCAUAACUUAAGAUUUUCAAUGAGUUAUAAAAAGAUUCAAAAAUCUAUAAUUGAUCCAUUAUUAGUUUCUGAUGUUCAGAUGUGUUGAAUGAGUGUGUAUGUAGCUUUUAAUGAAUGCAGUCUUUCAUACAAUAAAAACCCGCCAUGUUGUCCAGCUCAGACCUGAACACUCGUCCUACAGAGACUCGAGGGGCAGACAGACUGACCUCAGUGCAACAGAGACGUGAAGAGACGAGUCCAUUCAUCCAGAAUAAAAACAUGUCCACACCUUUUUUUUUUUUUUUUCUCGUAUCAAACUGUUAAAAAAAAACUGUUUGUGAACUUAGGAGUAAAAUCUGAACUCCAUCCAUCAUGAUUCACUCUGUUCAACAAGAACUCUGUAAACGGGUCGGGUCCUCUGGACGCUUUUCUCCUCUCUGCACUGAAACAUCCUUUUUAGUUUCACUCGACUCAUUUCAAGCCAGUUUUAUAUCAAACAGCUGACACCAGAUCAGCUGGUCCGGUCGGGUCUGAGGGUCUGUGAAAGAGGAAAAGUCGGAGAAGAGUUCUGGUUCAGGUCUGAGGUCUAAAGUUAGACCUGAACCGCUGAUAAUGAGUAAAAACUGAUCUGAUCGUGGGGUUUAAAAAUCAACAUAAGUUAUGAUCAUAAUUCAUAUUUCAGGAAACCUAAAGAAACCUGACAACUUUUCUUGCCCAGUCAUCUUUUUUCUUUCUCAUGAUAAAGUUUUAAAAAUUUACUUUGGCUCUUAAAAUGAGUCGUUCAGCAGAAUUUUGCCGGUAAUUUUCGCUCGUAUCACGACUAAUGAAACUAUUUGUAAGAAAAAAGAAAAACUUUAACAAGUUUUCAGGUUCUGCAGUGAAGACGGUUAAUUUCUUUGAAAUUCGUGACAGUUUGAACAUGUACCGUUCUCUUUUUGAGCUUUUAAAUGAUAAUGUUGAAGUCUGGGAUAAAAAUGUGUCCUUAAACAGAUUUAACUUAAAGUGUAUUUUUAAACUCAGAGCUGUAUGACGAAGAAAGUCCAGAUGUUAUUUAUUAACGCAGAUCCUAUUGAUCCAUUAGAACGAUACGUGUUUGGAUAAAGAAAGUAGUCCCUCACCUGAGGCUGUUGGUGGUUACCAUGGAAACGCGUUUACAUCGAAGUUAACAUUUGAAAUAACGGUCAAGCUAGAAUAUCGGCAUGUCAACAUGAUAACCAUGAAGCUAACCUUUUUAGUGGGACGUUUGUAGGAACAUUAGUCGCUGCUUAUUUGUCAUAGUUCGGAUUAAACCGAUCUUUUCCUUUACCUUAAAGUGAACGGUUCUUCACAGCGUGUCUUCAGAGCUUUGACGUUCACGCUCCUUUAGUAAUGAAUUACAUCUGAUAAUAGUUUUAAAAAAUAAUCAUAAAAAAUUGAAUUUAUAAAGUUAUAUCUGUACAUGUUAUAAAGUUAUAGCUCCUUUUAAAUAACUGAAAAAUUUCAUUAAAAAGUUAAAACAUUAAAAUAAAAAUCCUGAUCAUUCAACAAAAAAAUCAAAAUCAUGAGAAAAAAUUUGAAUUAUGAGACGA